CAACUAGUCCGUGGUCUUUGAAUUUUUGGCGGCUAGCGAACGGCAGUGAGUGUCAUUUCAGCUGCUAAACGGGUCUAAAGGUUUUAUUUAAAGGACAAUGACCAAUUCUUUAAACCAAAGAAACGACUAAGAAUUGGAGAAUAAAGAAAGCAAUCAUCAUGCGACGUUCUGCUGCCCCUUCAUUACGCCAUGCACAGCUUGGUUUACCUAAUAGUAGCAGUGCUGUGAGCAGUUCAACGGCAGGACAUCCAAACCCUCUCAUUCGAGUCUCAAACCAUCUAUCACUUCUAUCUUCGACAUCUCAAAACCACCCGAAUAUUCCUACCUCAUCUAAUGGUGCCCCUGCAGCUAGAAGCACUGCUAGUGUGCUCAACUUACUGUGUCAACCAAAGAAAGUAAAUGUCCCAGCUAUGAAAAGGCUAGAGGACGAAGCAGCAGAUGACGUAGUUCAUAUUGACAAGGAUCUGUUAUCUAGUUCGAAUAAAUGUACUGCUGCACUAUCAGCACCAUCCUCAUCAGUAGGAGACUCUUCCACACGGAAACGUAUAUUUCGCGUUGUGUUCGGGAAACCAUCUGCCAAGAAACAUAAAACAUGGGAAGGGGAUGGAACACUUGAAGUUGGAGAAAAAACAGCAACAUUAAUGGAUGAAGAUGGUAAAGUUAUUGGGAGGGCAUCGCAAGUCAAAACUGCAGAGCUAGAAGAAGGCAGCCGUUUAAAAGUGGGUUCCAAAGAAGUGGAGUUGGUUGAUCUUCUCAGUGGACCAGAUGCCACUCAAACCUCCUCAUCUCUGCUGCCUGGCCCUUCAUCUUCUAAACGUCCUGCUUCAGAACUGACUGACAGUCCUGCUCCAACUAGCUGGAAAAAACCAAAAAAGAAGAGGAGCAAUUCCUUAAUAAAAUUCAGCACUGAGGGCUGUGACCCUUUAAUUUUACCAGCACCUUCUCAUGAUCACCAGUGGACCUUCAACACUAAAAAACUGACCGUGACUCCUGUUGCUGUUGACAGUUUUUUGACUAAAAUACUUCGACCACAUCAGAGAGAGGGUGUGACAUUCUUGUAUGAAUGUGUGAUGGGCAUCAAAAACAUUAAUUAUUUUGGUGCAAUUUUGGCUGAUGAAAUGGGCCUUGGGAAAACCCUUCAAACUAUAACUUUAUUAUGGACCCUUCUACGGCAAGGUCCUUAUGGGAACAACCCUGUGGUUCGCCGUGCACUUAUUGUCUGUCCAAGCAGUCUUGUCUCAAAUUGGCAAAAAGAAUUCGAUCGCUGGCUAGGAUCACAUAGGCUAAGAACAUUUGCAGUAGAUCAGAAAAAUAAAGUAACAGAGUUUGCUAGGCUUACUCAGAUUCCUGUGAUGUUCAUCUCUUAUGAAAUGCUGAUGCGUAACUUUGAUGAUAUCAGUACAAUCAAGUUUGAUAUACUUAUCUGUGAUGAGGGACAUCGCUUAAAAAAUAAUAACAUUCGUACUUCAGUGCUUUUAAACAAAUUGGAUAUUAAGUCAAGAAUUUUGCUCACUGGUACACCAAUACAAAAUGACCUGCAAGAAUACUAUGCACUUGUUGAUUUUGUAAAUCCUGGCAUUCUGGGCUCAUCAGCAGAAUUUCGUCAGCUAUUUGAAGAACCCAUUAUAGCCUCUCAACAACCAAACUGCUCACAUGAUGAGCAGUGUCUGGGAGAAGAAAGAGCCUCUGAACUCAACUCUAAAACAGCCUGUUUUAUCUUACGGAGAACGCAAGCUGUUAUCAAUCAGUAUUUACCAACUAAAACAGAAGUGGUUGUUUUUGUUAAACCAGUGACCAUACAGAAAAUCUUAUGUCGAGCUGCUUUGGAUUGGUGGGAGAACCGGGAUAGGACUUCUGGCAACAGUGAUGGAGUAAGUCAUUUGGGAGUACUGACUGCCUUGAAGAAAAUUUGUAACCACCCAGCACUGAUAAGAGGUGGAGAGUAUUUAGAUGAAGAAGACUCCAAAACUGACCAAGAGUCUCUUCUUAAAGAAUUGUCUGAACUGUAUAAUGUUUCUGAGAAUGGUGCUGUGGCGGUUCACCAUUCAGCAAAAUUAAAUCUUGUUCGUCGACUCCUUGAGCAUCUGAUCACUAUUAGAGAAAGAAUUGUCAUUGUUUCAUAUUUUACACAGACUCUAGAUCUACUGGCUUCACUUUGUGACGAAAUGGGGCUUAAAUACUGCCGACUCGAUGGCUCUACACCUGCGUCUCAACGCUCUGCCAUUGUUGACGAGUUCAAUUCUACCUACUCACGAAACAUUGUAUUCCUUUUAAGUGCACGAGCAGGUGGCGUUGGUUUAAACCUGGUUGGUGCAUCUAGACUUGUGCUCUUUGACUCUGAUUGGAAUCCAGCCUCUGAUGCUCAAGCAAUGUCAAGAAUAUGGAGAGAUGGACAGAAAAAGAGUGUUUACAUUUACAGAUUGUUAACAUGUGGAACAAUAGAAGAAAAAAUUUUCCAACGGCAACUCAGUAAAGCUGGACUUAGUGGGGCUGUAGUUGAUCCUCAUAAGCAAAGUAACAUAAAACUUUCAAACCAAGAAUUAAAGGAUUUGUUUACAUUUCAUGAAGGAAAUGAGAGCUUAACACAUUGCUCUCUUGGAUGCAAUUGUGAUGGAAAAGGCAAUGUCCCCUCAACUGAAGACAUCCCCUUCUCUGAUGAGAAAGAAAAUGAACUAGAUGACGAUGAUGAUGAUAGAGACUGUCAGUUAUACUUGGGGCGAAAAUCAGACUCAGUCAAAAAGAAGGAUGCUUCUGAUUUGAGAAUGAACCAGCUUUUUGAAUGGCAGCACCACGCUCCUGUAUUUCAAGAAGGUGCUCUUCAGGCUUUAGGUCUCACAUAUGCCUCAGAUAUGCUGGCUUUCAUGUUCGUCUCACCACCAGCUACAGAACAACAAUCACAAGCUUAAAAUAAAAAAUUAAUAUUGUUUUUGUUAUUUAUUUAUUUUUGGUUUCUAUCAUAUUCUUAUUAUAACACUUCUUAUUAUGUGUUUGUUUUCUUUGAACAUGUAGUUUUAAGGAGUGCUGUUUUCUUUCUGAAAUAGAUAUGUAAUGUUUUUUGUUUUUGUUUAAUUGAGCGGUGUUGAAAUUGAGCUGUGAUAAUUAAAGAAAGACUUCUUGACUAA